AUCACGUGACGGAGACUCGAUACGAUAGUCAUCACACAACGGAGAGAUCCAGGUUUAGUGGCUCUACGGAAAGUUCGCUCCGCUUUGCCAAGCAGGACAUCGACGUGGUAGAACAAUGCAUCAAAGAAGCGUUCUCUGCCUGUCGUUACGGGAAACGCAUUGCUGUGCACACAUCUCAAGAAGUGGAUAGUGCUUUCGAUUUAAUCUUAAUCGUGUGCCACCUGCCUUCAGACGAUACUAAGCGCUGUCAUGACUCAGAGGUUUUAAACUCGUGUCUUUCUUCAGCCAUAUUUGACGCUAUAUCAUCUGAGAUCAUGAAAAGAGGUGAUAAACAGUGUUUAGCUUUGAUGGAUGCUGGUAAAUGGAUCAGCAGUCUAUUUACUUCCUACUUUUGUCCAUGGUUCCUCCCGUCGCGGUCGGCAACACCACCCAGAACAUCCACAUCGGUAGAUGUAGUAAAAUCACAGCCAAACGAUCCGGUCGUCAAGAUGAAAGGAACGAUGACGAGAGGGGACUUGACUCUGAAUUGGACGCACCAUGACUCUGAUUUGCCUGAUUUCUGCUUCCACACAAUACAGCAGGAAGACGUGAGCCAAGUUUCUGAUUUUCUGCUCAAAUACUUCUUUCCCGAAGAGCCACUCGGCCAGUCGCUGAAACUUGACCCAAAUGAGGAAGUUCGUCCGUGGCUGCCCAAAAUGCUGGAACACGAGAUACGUGAAGGAUUAUCGAUUGUUGUUCGACGUCGGUCUGCCAGCGGCGAAGAAUCGACGAGCGAAGACGUUGGCGAAGUAGUUGCCGUUUGCCUAAAUGACGUUGAGCGUACAGUAAGCGAUGCAGAAGAUGUGAACAUCUUUUCGUUCGUCACUCGUGAUUCGCAGCCAAAUAUGUGGAAGAUCACUCGCGUACUGGAUGAACUUGUGGCCGAGGCGGACCUAUUCAACUGUUAUCAAAUCGAAGCCCUGGUCUCGUGUCAGAUGCUGUGCGUCGAUCCGCGUUUCGGGGGCCGCGGUCUGGCUCAAAAACUAAUCCGAUUGACCGAGGACUUGACGAGAACAAUGGACUACUCUUUGAUCAUCUCGGAAGCGACAAGUGAAUUCUCGGCUCGGGCUUUCCUCAAAGCUGGCUUUCAUUGCCAAAAGACGCUGCCGUACGACACGUUCGCAUUCGACGAUGGCGAACAGCCGUUCCGCCAACUCGCGUCCACCAGCGUCCACAAGACCGCCCGACUCAUGGUUAAAUACAUCAAGUAGUUGUAACGAAAUGAUUUCGUUAUGGCUGCAUCUUUUUAUGUGUGUUACUUUUUCUGUGUCUGUUUUUUUUGGUGCUUUCAUUGUAAGAAUCAUUUCCAUUGGUUUUCUUCGCUUCCCCUCCCCCUCAACUGUUAAGAAAAAAUCAAUUGGCAAAGUGGUCGGGAAGGUACAGUAGCUAUAUGUUACGGUAAACGUGCGCUAGCAAGCCGUGAGUUCCGACUAUAAUGAAUAUUUAAAAUGUUAGUAUUGAAACUAUCUAAACCGCUUGAGAAAAACAUUCGAUAGCCAUAUAAGAGACUUUUUUAAAAUUCCUGAUAGUAGAGCAAUCAGCAGUCAUUAUCGGUCAUUAUAUCUGUAAGCAAACUGCGCAACAUAGAGCUCUUUGGAAUCACCGGUCUAAGCUAUUGAUUGGCCAUUAUUUUUUCGAUACCAGUGAUCCAGAUAAAAAAACAUGUGCAUCAAAUACGUAAGCAUGGCCCAUAUUAUAGUAUAGGCCCAUAUCAUUCCGAUUUUUCCUUUUCUGGAAUUUUCUGGGUAGAAAAGACGGAAUCAUAGAAAAAGCUCUAAUACCUGAUUAAAACAGUUUGGAAUUUGUGUUUUUUAAGAGCAGACGUUUUAUAAGACAAAGGGAUUUUUUACAUUAAAAUUACAUAAUGAUGAAGUAAAUCAAAUAUUGAAAAAAUACCUACAGCAUUUGUUUUCGACUGUGACGCAUAUGGUAUUUUGGCAUUUUUUCUAUUUAAUGGCUUUAUAAAAGUAAGCGCUUUUUUGCUGUUUUUAAUGGAUAUUUUCGUAUGUUUCCAUUUAAUCGUAUUUUAUGUACGGCAGCAUAUCCAAUACACGUAAAAAUAAUGA